AUGUGGGGCGAGCAGGCCGGCUGGUGGUGCGGCGCGCUGGCGGCCGCGCUGCUUGUGCUCCUGGCUAUCUGUCGACGCGCCGUUAAAAAGGCGCCCGACCACGGAGCAUUGCAAGUUACGCAGGUUCACAUAGUCUACGACGGAGCGACGCGUUUUUCCCGCACAGCCCGACUUCCUUUCGCCCGCGCCGCACUCACCACCGCGCCUGCGCCCCCGCACACACUCGCACAUAAGUCUACACAGGCCAAACCUACUCCAACACAGAUAAUCAUUGUACAGAACUUCACACAAAACACAGUACCUCACGGCACAGAACAACAACCCUCCAGCUCAAAGGGACCCAGACAUCCAGCUCCCGCAUUUCGAGGCAUACCUAAAUUACCCCUGCCUGAACAGUGGAUACAUAAACGGCCAUUUGAAUUCAAAUACGCGGCGUUACCCCGACCCUUAGCGCAAAUCGUCAACACAGAAUUAGGCGUUGAUUUGUCGCGAGAUACACGCGCGAAGAAAUACAGCGCCACUAGAUCUCCAUCCCUUGAGAAAGACGAAAAAUCUCCGUUUAUAACUAGCGCGAAAUCCGAUAAGUCAGACGUGUUUGGUUUCGAUCCAGACGCUUUAAAAAAAUUGUGCGAAGCAGCUGAAGAUUUGAAGGAAAUGGGGGAAAGACCACCAAAUUCUCCGCGGGAUGUCGAUAAAGAUAUCUCACCCGGUAACCUUCGAAGGUUCAGAUCUGUAAGCACGAGACUUAAUAUGUGCAGUUGCAAUGAAACUCCGCCAUUGGAUGGCCAACAAGAGAAAUCGGAAAUACAAAACUCUCCGCGUUUAUUAGAAUGCAGUUCGGCAAAAGAAAAGUCAUCUGCAACAAAGUUUGACUUCUCACCGAAACUCUUAGCAGAAAAUAUCAGUUCUCCCCGUUUUUUUACUCCCCCAGAAAUGGUCUCACCAAUGUUCUUUGCUGAACCAUCCCCAAAAUCGGUUUACUAUGAUACUGUUAGAUCGCCAAAAUUCUUUCCUGAAACCCCACGAGAAGUAGAAGUUCCUCAGUCGCCAAGGUUGUUAAGUGACAACGUACGAACAAAUGGAUUAGCUGAAAAGCCAAAUUCUCCGAAAAUUCUUAGUGCUAGACCUAGCCCUAGAGUUCCUAGCUAUAAUAAAGAAAACUACUUCACAUUUGACAAUGUAAGUAUCGUUGAAGAAAGUGCUGCUAGAAUCUCUCCAAGGCCGAAAAAAUAUGGUGGUAGAAACUCCAUAGAACGAGAACGAUUUACGCCACCAGCUGUUGAUAAAGAAAUUAAAAAGUACAGAAGGCAUAAUAGCUGUGAUACUAAUUAUAAAAAUGUCAGAGUAAACAUUCAGAAAUUGGACGAACCAAAUACUGAUUCUUCAAAUACUAUUACAGUUAUUGAAAAAGAUGUCGUAGAUUGUUGUGCCAAAGUAGAUUGUCUCGAUAUGGAAACAAAAGUUAAUCAAGAGUCAGAAAAAUACGAAUUAACACCUAAUUUGAACACAGCAUACGCAAGGCGCCAAAGAUUAAAAUCGAUUUCUCUAGAUUCUGAUAACGCCAAAAUCAUUGAACAAAACCUUGGCUUACCUAUCGCAAAGCAAAUGAAAGAUCAAAUGAAUGAAGCUUAUAAAAAUCAAGAUAUUAGUACGUCUUGCGAAGAUGUUGAGCGUUUUCCAAAAACUCCAUGUAAAGAAAAACCAGCUUUCAAAUUUGAUAUUGGCCAAAAAAUUGAUUUAGAUUCAGAGGACCCUAAAUCACCAGAUCUCAAACAGAAGAAAUGUCUUAGACAAAGUUCAGAUACUCAAUCAUUUUUAGAUAUGCCUAGAUUUUCUCCUAAAGAAUUUGAAAUUACAGUAACAACAGAUGAUGGAGCAACCACAUCUGCUGAUACGGAUUUGAAACGAAAAGGCAAAAACUUGCGAAACUUAACGAUCGAUUUAACAAAGCGAGACAGUGAUCUUGAAAAAGAAUUGUUAGAAUUCGAAAAGUUAUAUUCUGACGCCAACGAAAAUAAGGUUCGUACUCCGACUUUGAAAAUUAAAGCGACAUCCUUAGAUUCGUCAGAUCCAGAUCCAACAUCAGCCCUUCCUAAGAAAUCUUUAGAAGUCCCUCAAAAUUCUAUAUCGGUUCCUAACACUCCGAAAAGGCAAAUAAAACGCAUCCUAGCCCAAAAAACUGUAAAGCAUGAUGUAUCUGGGGCGAAAUUCGGCUACAGCUCUCUACAGGGAAACGCCGAGCAGCGCAGAUUGCUCAUGAAAGGUCAAGAUAGUGGUAUCUUUUUGAGGGAGAAUCAUGCUAAUCUAAUGCUUUAUCAACCGAGUACAUCAAGAACUCGAACCAUGGGCUCAUUUGACGAAAACAUGGUUGAUAUUUCCGUAGAUGUUGAUAAACCUGGCAUACAGUUGGAUACGGGACAGACUUUAGGUGCUAACUUAUUAAACUACAAGCAGAAUUUAAGUGUCUCCAGCACGAAUUUAAAAACUCUUCCAGAAGGCGUACCUAGCGAUGACUUCGAACCAAGUGCAGAAGAUGAAAAAUUAGCAAAGAAAUUACACCGACGUAAUUCUAAUCAAAGCCUAAAGUUGAGCACACAUAGCUUACAGAGCUCAAACUGUUCUCUCAGCAGUACUGGCACGUCAUGUCAUAACUUAGCAACAGUCCGAACAAGUCUAUCUAACUUUAGUAUCAACUCUGAUGGCCGACAAAAGAAGUUAUCACUCGAAAAGCGCGAUUCCAACGUUUCAAUAAUUCCUAUGGAGCACAUUACACCCACAACUCGUGUUAUUUGUUCCUCAAACACCAAUUUAACCGGAGAAACUCAGAAAAAUUGUCUACUUCAGCGUCGUGGAUCUAACAACAGUCUUACCUUGAAUAUACAAUCUAAUAAUCUCAGCCGACAUUCAAGCAACAGUUCGUUAAACAAAGAAGCAAAAAUCCAGAAGAAGGGACUGUUAGAACGACGAAGUUCAAAUACGUCUCUAACUUUAAACAUAAAUAAUUCUAACCCACAAUUAUCAACAAACCGCGCUUUGAGCAUUUCUAACUAUAACUUAAAUGGGUCAACAUGCAAUUUGAGUAGAUACAACAGUAACCAUAGCAUAGACAAUCCGGAGCCUCGUAAAGGUAUACUCGAAAGACGAAGUUCUAAUACUUCUCUCACGCUAAAUAUUCAACCGCAGGAGCCUAGAGAUUUGGAAAUCGACGAAUCGUUAAUAGAAGCUAAUUUGAAAGACUUACCACAUCGAGAUAAACACAGAAAGUCCUUAAGUACAGAGAAUUUAAUACCCAAAUCAUAUAAAAAUCGAAUGAGAAGCUCCACAGAUAAGAGCAUUAGUUUUGGUUCUCAUGACAAUUUGUGGUCAGCUUCAUAUGACCCAGACUACCCUCAAAAUUUAACUUUUGUGUGUGGAGAUCAGGAAAACGAGAUAAUAUAUGCGUUCGGACGUCAGGAAGAACCGAAUUUCCAAGCGAGUUUUGUCCGAAAUAUUACCACAAAACCGUUAAGUCCACAAAGUACCUCAGAGGAUUUCAGACUUUAUUUGGCGAACAUGCAACACCUACAAAACGCCUCUAGUGUGCUAUCGCGGCAACAGCUUAGAGAUUUGAACGAUGUUUUUCAAAAUGGCUAUUCAAAGGUCCGCUGCGGUGGUUCAAACGAAGGGCAACAUUGUUGCUCCGGUCGAGUUGAAGAUUUGUCCAAAGAAAACCCUCAAAUGGCAUUACCGGAACCUGUGGUAACUCAACCGUGUUCUGAGUACCAGAAAAUGUUGUUGAGGAAUCUCCAUCAGGAAUUUUGGGAUAUGCCAACAAAUUUUCAGGAAAAACCAAUUGUGUCUGGGUCACAUCCAAAGAAUAGGUAUAAAACCAUUUUACCUAAUGAACAUUCGAGGUUUAUACUGCGGGCUGAAUGUCGAGGAGUCGAAGGAUAUAUCAAUGCCAAUUUUAUAAAGGGGCACGAGUAUACCAAAAACAGUUAUGUCGCUACUCAGGGUCCAUUACCAAACACAAUUUAUGACUUUUGGUUAAUGGUCCUACAGAACAACAUCGAUUUUCUCUCCCUAAGACCUAACUGUGGGCUGGUUAUCCAAAAAAUCGUCAUGCUCACCAAUUUCAUAGAAAACAACAGACAAAAGUGUGAAAAGUACUUUCCAUUAGAAAUCAAUGAGGACAUAAUUAUAGAAAAGCCAGAGAGUCCUGAUUGUGAAGAUCCAUUUAUUUUUCGAAUUAAAAACCUUGGUCUUGUCAAGAAAACUGGUUACACAAUACGAAAACUUGAUGUUCAAUACUUAAAAAAGAAAAUCGAAGAUAUAAGUUAUACAAUGUACCACUAUUGGUUCCACAAUUGGGCGGACCAUAAGUGCCCAAAGGAUGUUAAUGCAUUACUUAACUUAAGCUUAGACGUUUUACAAAAUGAAAUGUAUGACUUUAACGUUAGCACUGACCUAAGUGAUGAAGAAAAGUGUAAAUGUGACAGUCUAACAAAUCAACCCGACUCUAAAUUCGUGUUUCCUCCCCUACAGUCACGUUCCCCUUGUCCUAUAGAAAUCAAUGUCUCCGCCCCUUCGAACUUUUCUUCCGAUACCCUCUCUCCUCCUAUUGUAGUGCAUUGUUCAGCUGGUAUUGGUCGAACUGGCUGUUUGAUAGCCAUACUUAAUGGAAUAAAACAGCUUACUAAUGAACAAAAAGUUGAUGUUUUAGGAAUAGUUUGUAAUAUGAGAUUAAAUAGAGGUGGUAUGGUUCAAAAUUCAGAGCAAUAUGAGCUUAUACAUAAAGUCUUGUGUUUAUAUGAGCAAGCUUGCUUGCCGGAGUUAUAG